CACCAUCUCAGUGAGAGCAACCUGACUACUCCCUGGCAGUCAAUGGGGAGAAGAAAGGUAAAAAGAAGCAUAAAGAAAGGGAAUAUUGUGGCCAAAACAUGCCUCAUGUAAAGCAACCAGUCACUUCGAAGAUUCGACAUAUAUUAAGCAUGCAAAAUUCUAUGUGCACAAUGGAUUCUAGCAAAGCAUUGCCAGUUUUCUAAGCAGCCCUGACCUAAAGCAGAAGUGCAACUUAUAUACCGUUGGCUGUCAACGCAUCAAGCAUUUGGUGGGCUUCUCAUGAGGGAAAUGAGACAAACACAGUUUUUCUCAAGAUGAGAGAGCAUCGAACAAAAUUCUAGCCUCUCCUUUUAUUAGGAUUCUUAUCAGAAGGCGUCUACAUCAAAGGCAGGCUUGCAUGCAUAAAUCACAUAGCAACAAAGGCACAUUCUAAAACAUCAAGAAACUUGUGUAGCAAAAUUACAGUAACAAACAUAAAUUCAUCUUGUAACAUCCCAACCCUACAUACUAAUAAAUCUCAUAUAAUUGUAUGUAGGAGCAACUUCUUUGAAGCUUUCUGAAGUGAGCCUUAUCAGAGAAGGAAUGUUCUGUGGCUAUCACAAAAGUGUUGAUACAUUUACAGGCAAACAUCUUUGCAACCUUGGCAUCAAACAGAUUUCUGCUUACAUGAUAAAAAUUAGCCAGACUUACCUAUGCUGAUCUUUUUGCACAUAAGCAAUUUCUCAAAAAUUGCUCAUGCUUAUAUUUGCACAUAAGUAAUUUCAUAAGCAAUUUCAUAAAGGAGUUCAUAUGGCUUAAUAUUGCAACAGUUGGCCCACUACAUUAGAAAGAUAUAGAAACAGGCAGGUGCCCUAUAGGAUACAGCAUGAUGUUGGAAUAUUUUUGAUAAUCUCAUUAUUUAUCUCUGCCUACAAGGUCAGCAGGGCAACAAUGCUCUCUGUGAGAUAUGGUCAGGGAAUGUGAACAUUUUGACCCACUGGUCCAGAAAUUCCUGUUUGAUUCUUCCCCCUGUCCCUACAUAGGCCCAAUUUAGCUUGUUGUCGAUGUUUACUUACAACAUUAAGAAGUCUAUACAACUAUUGGGGUGCAGGGGCAUCUCAGAUAUUUGCUAGUCUCAGUGAUCUGAUGGAUAAUCAUUGGGGACUUUCCAUGACUGAGUGGAGAACACAAACUACCUCCCUGCUUUUAACCCAGCACAAUAUCCACCCUAUCCUAUGCCCUCCCUAUGCUCAGACUGAAGAAAAUGGCCUUGGGAGCAGGGGUGGGUUGUUCGGUCCAGUUCUUGCGAACUGGUAGUAAAAGUGGCGGGAGGCUCCGCCCACCCGCCAAGACGUCAUGAUGGGCAAUCUGCGCAUGUGCAGAAGCCCAAGUCUGCAACACAUGACUGCUAUUCAGAAGAGACUCAGACAGACACCUCCCUUAUAAUCCUAAUUCACAGGAUUAUAAGGAGGGGUGAAAAGGUACAAAGAAGAUACUUUACAUGUGUUUUCACCCAAAAAGAAAACAUGACACAACUUAUCAAAAACAGAAUUGUAAGUGUCAGAUUAGGAAUGCAAAUUAAAAUAUGUUAAAAUAAGGUAAGAGAACACCUGUCAGCUCUAGACCAAUUCAAAUCACUGGGUCAGGACAGACUGCAGCCAAAGUUCUGAAGGAACUAGUAAAUGUGAUUUCAGAACCAUUGUAACAUAUGUUUCAAAGCCCUUGGAGCACAGGGGAACUAGAGGUAGUCCUAAACUUACAAUAGUUAAUUUAGUGACUGAAGUUACGAUGACACUGAAAAAAGUGAUUUAUGACCAUUUAUCACACUUAAGACGAUUGUAGCAUCCCCUUAGUCAUGUGAUUUACAUUCAGAUGCUUGACAACUGACAUUUAUGAUGGUUGCAGUGUCCCGGGGUCAUAUGAUCCCCUUUUGUGACAUGCUAACAAGCAAAAUCAAUGGGGAAAGCAGAUUUACUUAACAACAAUGUGACUCAUUUAACAAUGGCAAUGAUUCAUUAACAAAUGUGGCAAGAAAAGUUGUAAAAUGGGGCAAAAUGCACUUAACAAGUUUUUCACUUAACAUAAAUUUUGGACUCAGUUGUGGUUUUAAGUUCAGGACUAUCUAUAACUGAGGACUGGAAAAGAGCUGAUAGGAUUCCCAUCUUCAAAAAGGUAAAAAAAAACCAUGCAGGAAUUUACAGACAAAUCAGCCUGAUAUUAAUAUCUGGUAAUAUCUUGGAAAACAUAUCCAAGAAACAAAUCUGUGAACACCUAGAAUCAAACAAGUUAUAACCAGUAGCCAAUUUGGGUCGAUCAAAAAGAUCAUGCCAAACAAACCUCAUUUCAUUCUUGGACAAAAUGUCUAAAUUAGUGGACCAUAGAAAUGCUGUAGACAUAGUAUACUUAGAUUUCAGUAAAGCAUUUGAUAAAGUAGAUCACAACCUACUUCUUGACAAGCUAGAAAAAUGUGAACUUGAACAGUGCCCCCUAACAAAAUGAUAUUCAACACAGAUAAAAAUAAAAGUUUUAUACUUAGAUAAGGAAAACCAACUGCAUAGAUAUAAACCAGGUGAAAUCUGGAUUAAUGCCAGUAACUCUGUGAGGGAUCUUGGAGUCCUAAUGGACAAUCAUUUAAAUGUGAGCCAACAGUGAUGGGUGGCAGCCAAAAUAACCAAUACAGUCCUAGGCUGCAUUAAUAGAGGGAUAGAAUUAAGAUCACAUGAAAUUAUAGUACUGCUUUACAAAGCCUUAGAAAGACCACACUUGGAAUACUGGAUCCAAUUCUAGUCACGCAUGCAGCCCUCCCAAGCUGGGUGUCAGGCCUGGAAACCAUACUAGACUUUAGGUUUCCAGACGCUGCCACAUUUUUCCCCUGAGGGGAAGAAGGGGGGCUGAGGGGUAUGGUAACAUUCUUCAAGCGGUCAAGGUCGGAUGGUGUUCAUAUCUGCAGGAAGAGUGGCAAGAAGAUAUUCGAAUGGGAUUUCACUGGCAGAGGCACUGUGGGCCAGUCAUUCACUGUUUCCAGGGCAGACCCAUGGGCUGGAUCUAAGCAUCCUAUGGGCCACAUCCGGCCCCUGGUCCUUGAGUUUGACACCCCUCGCCUAGUCUAAUGAAAAGGACAAGGGGAGGCAUGAUAGAGUUUUCCAAUAUUUGAGUAGGGGGUCAGCUUAUUUUCCAAAGCACCAGAAGGCAAGACAAGGAACAAUGGAUGGAAACUAAUGAAGGAGAGAAGCAACCUGGAAACUUACAGUGAGAAUUAAUAAUUGCCUUCAGAGGUUGUGGGUGCUUCAUCACUGGAAGUUUUUAAAAAUGGACAGGAUAGUCACUUGUCUGAAAUGGUACAGAGUCUCCUGCUUGAGCAGGGGGUUGGAACAGAAGACCUCCAUGGUCCCUUCCAACUCUAUCCUGAUUGAUUGAUCUUGAAAGCUGCAGCCUUCAAUUGGCUUGUGGGAGCACCAGGAACAGAAUAGAAUAGAAUAGAAUAGAAUAGAAUAGAAUUUUAUUGGCCAAGUGUGAUUGGACACACAAGGAAUUUGUCUUGGUGCAUAUGCUCUCAGUGUACAUAAAAGAAAAGAUACGUUCAUCAAGGUACAACGUUUACAACACAAUUGAUGGUCAGUAUAUCAAUAUAAAUCAUAAGGAUUGCCAGCAACAAGUUAUAGUCAUAAAGUCAUAAGUGGAAAGAGAUUGGUGAUGGGAACUAUGAAACGAUUAAUAGUAGUGCAGAUUCAGUAAAUAGUCUGACAGUGUUGAGGGAAUUAUUUGUUUAGCAGAGUGAUGGCCUUUUCAGAAGAGACGAGACAGUCACUUGUUUGAAAUGGUGAAGGGUCUCCUGGUUGAGCAGGGGUUGGAUUAGAGGACCUCCAAGGUCCCUUCCAAUUCUGUUAUUCUCUUCUGUUCUGUUUCAAUGAUAUUUAUGAUACCCUGAUAAGUAAACCACUAGAAAUCAAAGUGGGUGUAGUUUCUUUUUUCAAAUGACUGUAUUUAAAACAACCCUUUGCACUGCUAAGAAUUUGUGACUGACCUAGUCAACAAGUGAAUUUUAUCAUUGAAUUGGUAUUAGAACUUGGAUCUGUGUAGCCUUCCAUGUGUCUUGAUUAAUGUAAGAGCUUAUUGGAGCAUUGUGGCAUGUUUGUCUUUUCAUUGUAAUGUAAACUUUUUUCUUUUUUUUCUCAUCUUCUGGAACCAUUUUAUGCACAAUUAAAGAUACACCUUUAUUUGAAUCUUACAGACAAAGAGAGAUGGCAAUGAAGGGCACUCUGGACAACUGAGGAUAACAAGCAACAUUGAAUAGUAAAGCAAGUCAGUUCAGAAAUCAAAAUAUUUUCCAUUUCCUUCAGAGAGCCACACAAUUCUUCACCUUCCUCAGCAGGUGAGAGAGAAAUGAGAGAAAAUCAAGAAGAGAUUUCUAACUUGGAAAAAUAGAGUGUGAAAUUCAAGCAUAUGUUACAUGAAAAAUCAAGGGAGAUUAUUUUUCCAUUGAGGAAAAGAGGGAAAUAUCUGGAAGUUACUGGGGAGGAGAAGGUCAAUUUGAAAUCCACGUAGAGCAGACAGUGUUGCAGGCCUCACUCUGGAAGAAAAUCACCAGUAAAUUAAAGCAACGCUAAACAAAGGAUCAUCCAUAUUUUUGACAUCCUCAAGAAUAUUAGUUGUGGAAAAGCUCCAUAGAUGUGUCUGUUGUGGGAAAGGUACAACUUGCAAAUCACAGCUUAUUAUGCCAGAGAGGAUCCAAACUGGAGAAAAAACAUACAAAUACUCUGAAUGUGGCAAAACCUCUGAUCAGAACAACUCCAUUGUGGCCCAUGGAAGAACCCACACAGGACAGAAGGCCUACAAGUGCUCCCAAUGCAGUAAAUGCUUUAGCGAGCAUGGCAACGUGGACUCGCACCAAGGAGAAACUGUUUGAAUGUCCUAAUUGUGAGAAAUGUUUCAGUAACAACUACAACCUGGUAACACACCAGAGGACUCACACAGGAGAGAAGCCCUUUGAAUGUCCUGAUUGUGGGAAAUGUUUCGUUCAGAAUUCCAGCCUGGUUCAACACCAGAGGAUUCACACAGGAGAGAAACCCUUUGAAUGUCCUGACUGUGGGAAAAGUUUCAGUCAAAAUUCCAAUCUCAUUGGCCACCAGAGGAUUCACACAGGAGAGAAACCCUUUAAAUGUCCUGAUUGUGGGAGAAGUUUCAGUCGGCAUUCCAACCUCAUUGGCCACCAAAGGACUCACACAGGAGAGAAACCCUUUGAAUGUCCUGACUGUGGGAAAUGUUUCAGUCAAAAUUCCAAUCUUAUUGGCCACCAGAGGACUCACACAGGAGAGAAACCCUUUGAAUGCCCUGAUUGUGGGAAAAGUUUCAGUCAGAAUUCCAGCCUGGUUCAACAUCAGAGGAUUCACACAGGAGUGAAACCCUUUGAAUGUCCUGACUGUGGGAAAAGUUUCAGUCAGAAUUCCAGCCUGGUUAAACACCAGAGGACUCAUACAGGAGGGAAACUGUACGAGUUUCCAGACUGUAGGAAAUGUUUAGUUCAGAAUUCCAGCCUGGUUCAACUCCAGAGAACUCGCGCAGGAGAGAAAUGCUUGGAAUGUCCUGAUUGUGGGAAAGGUUUCAGUCAGAAUUCUAGUCUGGUGAAACACCAGAGGACUCACACAGGAGUGAAACCCUUUGAAUGUCCUGAUUGUGGGAAAAGUUUCAGUCAGAAUUCCAGCCUGGUUCAACACCAGAGGACUCACACAGGAGAGAAACCAUUUGAAUGUCCUGAUUGUGGGAAAUGUUUCAGUCAGAAUUCCAGCCUGGUUCAGCACCAGAGGACUCACACAGGAGAGAAACCCUUUGACUGUCUUGACUGUGGGAAAAGUUUCAGUCAUAAUUCCAGCCUGGUUCAGCACCAGAGGACUCACACAGGAGUGAAACCCUUUGAAUGUCCUGACUGUGGGAAAAGUUUCAGUCAGAAUUCAAGCCUGGUUCAACACCAGAGGAUUCACACAGGAGAGAAACCCUUUGAAUGUUCUGAUUGUGGGAAAAGUUUCAGUAACAAUUCCAACCUGGUGAAACACCAAAGGACUCAUACAGGAGAGAAACCUUUUGAAUGUCCUGACUGUGGGAAAAGUUUCAGUCAGAAUUCCAGCCUGGUUCAACACCAGAGGACUCAUACAGGAGAGAAACCCUUUGAAUGUCCUGACUGUGGGAAAUGUUUCAGUCAUAAUUCCAGUCUGGUUAAACACCAGAGGACUCAUGCAGGAGGGAAACUGUACGAAUGUCCAGACUGCGGGAAAGAUCUCAGUACUAGUUUUAACCUUAUAAAUCAUGUCCUUAUACACAAAGGGGAGAAAUCAUUUUAGUACCCUGAGUGUGGACGGUGCUUCAGGAAACUUUCCACCUUUAUCGCACAAAGGAAAAUCCGCAGAGGCCCCAAGUGAUUAGUGUAGGGAAGGCUUGAAUUUGAUUUCUAGUGUCCCAUUGUAAUUCCAGCUGAGAAAUUUACUAUUUAAAUUGAUUAAAUUAAAUAGAAUUUGCCUGAUUUUUUGUAGGCAAAUAUGUAAUGGUAUUAGUUGGGGAAGAAGAAAGAAAAAGUUGGAACAUAUUACUUUGAUAAUGGCUAUUUUGCCUUCAGCGUAAGAAG